AGGAAGUCAGGGUGGGACGUGGGCGCGGGGAGACAGCCGGUGGCUACGACGGUGAGGGGAGCCGAAGCUGUGUCUGGGCAGCCGGGCUAGGCCAGGAAGACCAUGUGAAUGGGGCCAGGGGGCUCCUGGGCUGGGCAGGGACCAUGGGCUGUAGCUGCAGCUCAAACCCAGAAGAUGACUGGAUGGAAAACAUCGAUGUAUGUGAAAACUGCCACUACCCCAUAGUCCCACUGGAUAGCAAGACCACGCUGCCCAUGCGGAAUGGCUCUGAAGUGCGUGAUCCACUGGUCACCUACGAGGGAUCCAACCCCCCAGCUUCUCCACUGCAAGACAACCUGGUUAUCGCCCUGCACAGCUAUGAGCCUUCUCACGACGGAGACCUGGGCUUCGAGAAGGGUGAACAGCUCCGUAUCCUGGAGCAGAGCGGCGAGUGGUGGAAGGCGCAGUCCCUGACCACGGGCCAGGAAGGUUUCAUCCCCUUCAACUUCGUGGCCAAAGCGAACAGCCUGGAGCCCGAACCCUGGUUCUUCAAGACCCUGAGCCGCAAAGACGCGGAGAGGCAGCUCCUGGCGCCGGGGAACACGCACGGGUCCUUCCUGAUCCGGGAGAGCGAGAGCACGGCUGGAUCGUUUUCACUGUCUGUCCGGGACUUCGACCAGACCCAGGGAGAAGUGGUGAAACAUUACAAGAUCCGUAACCUGGACAAAGGCGGCUUCUACAUCUCGCCCCGCGUCACUUUUCCCGGCUUGCACGAGCUGGUCCGCCAUUACAUGAAUACUUCGGACGGGCUGUGCACACGGCUGAGCCGCCCCUGCCAGACCCAGAAGCCCCAGAAGCCGUGGUGGGAGGAUGAGUGGGAGGUUCCCAGGGAGACGCUGAAGCUGGUGGAGCGGCUGGGGGCUGGCCAGUUCGGAGAGGUGUGGAUGGGGUACUACAACGGGCACACGAAGGUGGCAGUCAAGAGCCUGAAGCAGGGCAGCAUGUCCCCCGAUGCCUUCCUGGCCGAGGCCAACCUCAUGAAGCAGCUGCAACACCAGCGGCUGGUCCGGCUCUACGCGGUGGUCACCCAGGAGCCCAUCUACAUCAUCACGGAAUAUAUGGAGAACGGAAGCCUGGUGGAUUUUCUCAAGACCUCCGAAGGCAUCAAGCUGACUAUCAACAAACUCUUGGACAUGGCCGCCCAAAUCGCAGAGGGCAUGGCAUUCAUUGAAGAACGGAAUUAUAUCCACCGCGACUUGAGGGCUGCCAACAUCCUGGUGUCCCAUAGCCUGAGCUGCAAGAUCGCAGACUUUGGUCUAGCACGCCUCAUUGAGGACAACGAGUACACAGCCAGGGAGGGUGCCAAGUUUCCCAUUAAGUGGACAGCCCCAGAAGCCAUUAACUAUGGGACAUUCACCAUCAAGUCGGACGUGUGGUCUUUCGGGAUCCUGCUAACAGAGAUUGUCACUCAUGGUCGCAUCCCUUACCCAGGGAUGACCAAUCCUGAGGUGAUUCAGAACCUGGAGCGAGGCUACCGCAUGGUACGACCUGACAACUGCCCGGAGGAGUUGUACCAGCUUAUGAUGCUGUGCUGGAAGGAGCGCCCAGAGGACCGGCCCACUUUUGACUACCUGCGCAGCGUGUUGGAGGACUUCUUCACGGCCACGGAGGGCCAAUACCAACCCCAACCCUGAGGGCUGUAGGUGACUGGGGCUUGCAGCCCUCCCACCAUCUAGCCAACCUGGCUGGGGGAGGUGCCGUUCCUGUGUCAUACCCAUGUGGCCUAUGCACACUUGGACUCAGCAUGUGAAUCCCACCCAUGUGCGACACAUACACUUCUCAUGUCUUACACACAGGAUCUGUAGUUGCGUGGGCUUUGCACAUGUGUCUUGUACAUGUGUGGCCUGUGCAUAUAUGUCUUGGACACUUGUCCAAGUUGUCUCUUUCUGGGUGCCCCCCUGACUUCCAAGACCACCAAAGAGAGGAGAGAGGCUGUGAUUAACACCUGCUUCUCCCUGCCCCCUUUUCCUUUCCCCUGGUCAUCAAGAUGCUCUUUGAGGGCUGGGACCUUAUCUAAAAUACCUCUGUGUGCUCCUCUUUGGUGUUGGCACACAUAAGGAGCUCAAUAAAUAUCUGUUGGCGAAGAUUGUA